AGCGAAUUGAACUUGUCAUUAGUUAAGAAUUUUUGGUUGUUACAAGAUCAAGAAAUUGCUGCAGAUAGACGUGGAGCAUCACAAGCCUAUGAAACUGGAAACAAUUACCUUUUACAUACUUCAUCUAUAAAUUCGUUCACAUCAUCGACAUCAACACCACCCAUUGUUACCGCCACUACUGGCAACAGUAAUGAUGAAGGUUUCGAUGAGCCAAAUCAUUUGCUUUUAGGUAAACGCUCACAUAGAGAUGAAGAAUCUGGGCCACUUGCUAAAGUAUGGUUGGCUGCACAUUGGGAAAGAAAACUUAGUAAAACGCAAUUUUUACAAACAAAUAUACAAACAUCAGUUGGGGCAAUACUUGGUGGAGACCAACCUCCGAUGGCUUUAAGAUUAUCAGGACAAUUAUUACUUGGUGUUGUUAGAAUAUAUUCACGUAAAGCGAAAUAUUUGUUAGAAGAUUGUACUGAAGCCCUUUUAAAAAUAAAAAUGGCAUUUAGACCUGGUGAAGUUGAUAUUCCAGAGGAUCAACGAGUUGCGAAUUUUGAAUCUAUCACAUUACCCGAAAAUAUUACAGAGUUUGAUAUAUUAUUACCCGAUCCACAAUUAAAUUUAAGUCAAUGGUCAGAAGUUAUUACCACCGCAACAAGUUCCAAUAUAUCAAGACCGCAAGAUAUUACUAUUACAGAUAAUUUUGAUAUUACAAUGGAUUCAAAUAUUCCUGCGGUUGAUUUAUUAAUAGGCUUGGUGGAUGGUAAAGGACUCGAUUUUGACUUUGAUGAUGAAAUUGAUCCAAAGUCGACAGACAUUAUUGAUGAAGAAGUUGGCGGUAGUGGUGAUGUUGCUAGCGAAGAAGGAUCGGAGUCUCCAGAGAAAGCACGUGAGCGUCUUUCUGAACCUCCUAUUGUUAUAGAUGAGUUGAUUGAAAAGAGUCCUAUAGGCGACGAACAAUACCCAAUGGAAGGAAUAACUGAAAAUUACAUUGAGCCUCCUAUAUUUAGUCCAAUAUCUCAACAAAGUCUUGAAAGACAAGUUUUGGAUGAGGUAACAGAACUAACAAAUAAACAUAUUUCAAAUCAAAUCAAAGAUACUUCUGAUAUCUUGAUAGAGAUCACUUUAGUGCCGCUUGACUUUACAAAUAAAGUUCCGCUCAAUACUGCUUUGUUUGACAAACUCUCAAAUCUCACAAGUUUCUAUGGGAAAUUUACAUAUGAACUUUUGUCCAUCAUUCGUUCAACAUGGCUUGGUGGUGAUCCUAAAUUCUUUAAUGGUUAUUUUCUUUGGGAUGCUAAAACCAUCGCUAUCAUAAAAAAUAUUGGCGUUAGAGAAAUUGUGUCAAAUCGUACACUGGCUGUUACUUGUAAGGGAAACAUUAAUUAUGAUGGUCAAUUUGUAACUUCUCAAGUCUUGACCAAUGCAAAUCUUCAGGUUGCUAGUGAACCUAUUAUUAGCAACCCUGUCGAAGAUUCUCCAUUCUUUCAAGAUUUCAUUGAGGUACUUGGCAAAAAUUAG